AUGAAUCUCCCGAUUUGCCUACUUUUCAUCAAUAUUUUCUCAAUUUCGGCUAACUCCUCAAAAUCAGCAGAAGAAGUGGCUCAAAAACUAGCCGAAAAAAUCUACAAUUUUGGAAAAUUGAAGAAACACGAUGAAUUGAACAAAAUCAUUGAUGACAAUUUUGUGUUUAUCGAUUGUUUUUCGAAAAAUGUGACGAAAAAUGAGGUGAUUCAGCAGAUUUUGGCGAAUUUUGAAAAUGAAGAAGAAGGAGAGGAAGGUGAGAAGCCUAACUUAGCCUAAUUCUCUAUUUUUAUCCUUUCAGAAUCCUCUCUCGUCAUCGAAAAUGCGGAUUUCGAAAACGAUGGAAAAUCGCUGAAAUACACUAUGAGAAUGCGAGGCUCCACAGUUAUGCUAACUCAAUUCGAAGCCCAAAAAAACUCCGGCGAAUUUAUAGUAACUCGCGCCAAAUCCCAAGACUGUGCUUGA